AUGAAGGUCUCGUCCAGUCUCAGCACGCUCCUCGCCUUCGGGCCUGCUCAGCAGGUUCUCGCAACCUCCGAGUCCCACUACAAUCUCGUUAAGCUGAACGGAUAUGGCAGCUUCUCCGGAACAACCAUCAACAGCACCUUCACCAAGCAGGAUCUUCCUGCUCCUGUAGACGCGUGGAUGGGAAUUGACUACUCCGUCCAGCCCUCCGGCAAGCGUCGCUUCACAGCAGCAGACUGGCCCAAACCCUUCAAGGGCGUCAAGCGCGCCACAAACUACGGAAAACAAUGCAUUCAGGAAGUUGCUUCCAAGACUCCUCUUGCGCAACAAGAUGAAGCGUGUCUGAACUUCAACGUUUUCCGCACCAAGGGCGUGCCGUUGAGCAAGAAACUCCCUGUGUUGGUGUGGAUCCAUGGCGGUGCAUUCUUCUCCGGAAGUUGGGCCAGUUUCGACGGUGCUGCGUUUGCGGCUGCGUCCAAGGAACCUAUCGUGGUGGUCAGCUUCCACUACCGCGUCAAUUCGCUUGGCUUUCUUCCUUCUGAGCUCUUCGAUGAGGAAGGUCUGUCAAACCUCGGUAUUCGAGACCAGCGCCUCUUCCUUGAGUUUGUCCAGAAGCACAUUGGGGCUUUUGGAGGUGAUAAGGAUGCUGUUACUAUCGGUGGCCGCUCUGCUGGUGGCCACUCCGUGGGUAUUCACUACUUCCACAAUUACGGCAAGGAUACGGGCAAGCCCUUGUUUGCGGGAGCUAUUCAUCAAUCUGGCUCUGUCACUUCUCGAGCUUUCCCCAAUGUUACGUACCCUCUGUACAAGACGCAGUAUGCUGAGUACCUAGAAGCCAUUGGCUGCGAUGGCAAGAAGGGCAACAAGGCUACUCUUAAGUGCCUUCGCGAAGCAGAUAUCGGUAGCAUCAGAAACAUCAGCACCAAGAUCUUCUACGACUACAAUCAGGCGGUGACAUGGCCUUUCCAGCCCGUCCAUGGCGGACCACUAUUCGAGAAGCCUGGCUCUCAAUCUGGCUACGACGGAACAUUCUUCCACGUUCCCACCAUCACUUCCAACACCAACGAUGAAGCCAAGUUCUAUAUGCCUGGUGAUCUUGAGACCGAUGAGGACUUCCUGGACUAUCUUCACAACGGUUCACCAAACCUGACGAAGAAGGAGCUCUCUGAGCUGAGCGCGCUAUAUCCCGAUCCCGCAACGAACCCCGACUCACCUUUCGCCAAUUCUCCCAAUAGCACACAAUAUGACCGUAUCUCUGCCGCAUGGGGCGACUACGCAUACAUCUGCCCUGGUCAAGAAACCGCUUACAGAGCAUCCAUAGCCGGAGUGCCUACAUGGAAAGUCCGCUUCAACACAAACAACAGCUAUCCCGCCUGGCAAGGUAUUCCUCACACUGCCGACACAGCGUACACAUGGGAUGAGCCUACUACUCAGUACCCCGAGAUCAGUCAUAUUUACCAUGGUUAUCUGGCUAGUUUUGUUACAGCUGGUGAUCCCAACACCCACAGAUAUCAUGGAAGUCCCGAGUGGGCUGCGUAUGACGGUGAUAGUGAGGAUGGGGCGCUGCAACUUGUUAUUCAACCGGAGGAUACGAAGGUUGAGAAGGAUGAUAUUAGGAAGGAGGCUUGUCUUUGGUGGAGGGAUCCCGAGAGAGCUGGUAGAUUAAACAAGUAA